GGCAAGACUAGCCUACAACUAGUAGAUAUACACACCACCACCACCUCACCCUCUCCCUCCUCCUCUUACGCUGCACAGCCCCACUUUGCCAUUCGCCACCAAACCAACACCAGCCAAGCAACGCAAAGCUAGCCCGAGCUACUACGUACGUACAGUCCGUCAGCUCGUCUGCCAUGGGAAACUGCAUCCAGGGCAGCCAUGGCGAUGGCGAUGGCGGCGUGCCGGGAGGAGAUCAUCAGGGCCUGGUGCAGAUGCAGGCGAGCAAGAGAAGCGGCGAAGUGGAGGAUCAUCAGGAGGAAGCGUCGGCGUCGGUGCUGAAGGUGAAGAUGGUGCUGACCAAGGGAGAGCUGGAGUGGCUCAUGGCGCAGCUCAAGGCCGGCGACAGGCGCCUCGAGGACGUGCUCAGGGACAUGGCGCGCAAGCGCGACCACCAUGCGCGCUCCGGCAACGGCGCCUGGCGGCCCAGCCUCGAGAGCAUCCUCGAGUGCCCCUCCGCCGAGACGGCCCCCGCCGCUCCCGGCGCCGAUUGAUGUACCACGCACAGCAGAGCAGAGCAGAGCAUAUAUAUACAUAGAUUCUUUUUAAUGCUUCCGUUGAUGUCCUGGCUGGGAAUUCUGCUAGCUAGAGCCGAGGUGACCGAUCGAUCUUUUAGGGACAGUCUAGGAUUAAUUCUUGUUGGUUUUGCUCUUCGUCGGGUUGUAUGUACACAGUACAUUAAGGAGCUAGCUUGUUCUUCAGUUCUUCUUCCUCAUAUUUUUCUGAGAUUUCUCUGUAUAUAUAUUGACGAUGAUGAUGGAAACAGUGAGGGAUUAACAGGUCGUGAGGGUACAGUUCAACAUGUACUCAUCUCGGCGUAAAAAAAAAUCUAGUUAAUCUGUUA